UUUCAUGCGCUCGGCAUCAGUCAACGUUCAGCGUUCAGAGCAGCAGUUUCUCCAGUGUACAACAACAAAAACCACAAGAUAACCAAUUAUGACUGGACGCGGUAAAGGAGGUAAAGGUCUUGGCAAAGGAGGCGCUAAACGUCAUCGUAAGGUUUUGCGUGACAACAUCCAAGGGAUAACCAAGCCUGCCAUUCGUCGGUUAGCUCGCCGCGGAGGAGUGAAACGUAUCUCCGGUUUGAUUUACGAAGAAACACGUGGUGUGUUGAAGGUGUUCCUGGAGAACGUAAUCCGCGACGCCGUCACGUACACCGAGCACGCCAAGAGGAAGACCGUCACCGCCAUGGACGUCGUCUACGCCCUGAAGCGACAAGGUCGUACUUUGUACGGUUUCGGCGGUUAAGAAGAUAAAUUACUACAUCGUCUACCAAUUUCUGCUACCUCCUAUUAUUCAUCUAAUAAAAAGGCCCUUAUCAGGGCCA